CGGUUUCGGUUUUUGCUUUAGUUGAGAGAAAAUCGUCGCUUAGUAACGUCGCCCAAGAACUGAACUCUGGCAGUGCUCCACGAUCGCCUCGAGUAUACGAAACCGAUCUGAACCCAAUCCACAUCCAUCUAAAUCGAAACUAAAACACCGAGUCCAAGUCCAACCGAGCCACCCGAUCGGAAUCAGGCGCUUACCGAGUCCUCGUCGUCCAAGAAAUCAGCAAAUCCGCGCUAGAAGAAAUGGCCCAACCACAGCUGCUGCAAAUCAAAUUGUCACGUUUCGAUGCCCAGCCCUGGGGCUUCCGUCUGCAGGGGGGCGUGGACUUCGCCCAGCCCCUGCUGGUGCAAAAGGUGAACGCGGGCAGCUUGUCCGAACAGGCCGGACUACAGCCCGGCGAUGCGGUGAUCAAGAUCAAUGACGUGGAUGUCUUCAAUUUCCGGCACAAGGACGCGCAGGACAUUGUGGUGCGCUCCGGCAACAACUUUGUCAUCACAGUGCAGCGCGGUGGCUCCACCUGGCGGCCGCAAGUGACGCCCACCGGUAACGUGCCGCAGCCCAACUCGCCGUAUCUGCAGACGGUGACGAAGACUUCUCUGGCUCACAAGCAGCAGGACAGCCAGCACAUCGGCUGUGGCUACAACAACGCGGCCCGUCCCUUCGCCAACGGCGGCGACGGCGGCGUGAAGAGCAUUGUCAAUAAACAAUACAACACCCCGGUUGGCAUUUACAGCGAUGAAUCUAUUGCGGAAACACUCUCGGCCCAGGCGGAGGUUUUGGCCGGCGGUGUGCUCGGCGUCAACUUCAAGAAGAACGAGAAGGAAUACCAGGCCGACCGGUCCGAGGUCCUGAAGUUCCUGCGCGAGGAGGAAACUGGCCAGUCCACUCCAGAGCCCCACAGCCCGGCCAACUUCUACUGGACGCAGAGCCACGCCAUAGGCGGAAAUGAGCGACGCACUCCGCUGCACCACCAGCACCAGCAGGACGAGCGGAUCGGGGUGCCCCUGCAGUCCAACACCCUGGCCCCCGAAGCUCCCCACCGGCCCAGCUUGCCGGUGGCCCAGAAGAAGGAGGACGUGGAGACGGAGCAGCCCCAGCAGGAGGAUCCUCGCAUCAUCGUGCUACCGAUCUGCCCCGCCCUCCAGGGGCCCGAGUACAAGGCAGAGAUGGAGGCGGCGGCGGCGGCCCUGGCCAGCGACCACGACGGGCGACCACGUCCUCUGUCCGCCAGCGGACAUCCGGCGUGCCAAUUGUGCGGCGUGGGCAUUGUCGGCGUCUUCGUGCGCAUCAAGGACAAGAACCUGCACGUAGAGUGCUUCAAGUGUGCCACCUGCGGCACCUCCCUGAAGAACCAGGGCUACUACAACUUCAACAACAAGCUCUACUGCGACAUCCAUGCCAAGCAGGCCGCCCUGAACAACCCGCCCGCCGGAACCGAGGGCUACGUGCCCGUCCCCAUCAAGCCCAACACCAAGCUGAGUGCCAACACCAUCUCGUCGGCCCUGAACUCGCACGGAUAUGCUGGCGCCUCGAACGGCUACUCCAACGGCAGCUCUGCCCCCGCCCCGGCUCCGCCUGAGUCUGAGCCCAGCCAGGAGCUACCUCUGCCACCGCCCCCGUCGCCCACACAGCUCCUGCAGUAUGCGGAGGCGGACCACCAGGUGUCCCCCGAGCAGCAACACAAUCGCACCCACAGCAGCCUGUCUUCCAUCUCAACUGGCUCCUCAUCCUCCGGGGUGGGCGGCAGCGGCAGCGGCAGUGGGUGUGGCAGCGGCAGUGCCAGUGGCGUCGGGCCGCAGAGCCAGCAGAGCUACUCCUCCACCUUGUCGCUGGACAGGUUCAGCUCUCCGCUGCACUCGCGCCAGACAUCCUCUUCCUCCACGUCGCUGGAGGUGGGAGGACUGGCACCCUCUCCUCCACCGCCGCCGCCACCACUACCUACUGCUGCUGCAACUGCAACUGCCGCGGCCAAUUACAGGCUGCAGGGGCAGCAGAAUGAGAACGACAUGAAUACCCAGAACCAGAACAAGGGCCACAACGCGUACAACCAGAUGCUGAAGGAGUACUCCAACAAGCUGCAGCAGCAACCAUCCCUCCACCCGAACACCACACAGCACACGCCACCGACACAGAGACACAACAACAGCAACAACAACAACACGGCCAAGCCAUUUGCCGCAGCACACCAACAACAACAACAGCCGCUUGUGGCAGCGCUAACGGCGACACUUGCUAAUCAAUUGAAAUUUAACCCACAUCAGGUUGCAAGCCCCCAAGCAGCAGCACCCGCAGUAGCACCGGGAACACCAGCAGCAGCUUCGACACCCCUCGUUGCACCAGCAACAGUUGAUAGCUCGCCAGCAACAAUAGCAGUAGCAGCAACAGGAACAGCAACAACGGCAGACACUAUGUCGGCCAACGUGGCGGAUGAGCCGUCUUCGAUUUAUGGCCAAAUUAACGCCAACCCGGCAGCACCUGGCCUCGCCGCCAUUAGUGGGGGCGGGGACCAGCCCUUCGAGUAUGUGACGCUCACCGGCAAUGUUAUCCGCAGCGUGCAGGCCCCCGGAAAGGGAGCGGGCAUCAACUACAAGGUCAACCAGGGCUACGCCCGUCCCUAUGGAGCCGCCGCCCCCAAGUCGCCGGUCUCGUACCCACCGCAGCAGCAGCAGCAGUCGCCCCGUCCCGCCCCCGGCGGUAACAACCCGUACGCCACUUUGCCCCGCAGCAAUGUCGGCCAACAAGAGGGCGAACCCGAGGAGCUGCAGCCCCAGUUCGAGGAGGAGGACUGCUACGAAGUAGACAUCGAGGCAGAAAUGGCCCGCAGUCGGCAGUCGCAACGCGGCUCCAGCUUCACUUGGCCCCCGCCUCAGGACGAUAGCCACCUGGCUCCCACCGCCGCCCCUCUCUAUAUUGCCCCACCGGAAACGCAGCAUGUGGUUGUCGCGAAUCCCGUGCAGCAAGUACCCUUGCCUCCUGGAGGUGCCUCUACGCGCCUCGAUCCGCAACCUCCGACAAGCGACGUCGGCAACGGAGCUCCUCCACAGUGGCAGAGCUAUUCGGCGCCCCAACUGACAUCCUCCAAUCCCCGCCAGAUGCAGGCGGAACAGCAGGAGUCCAGCUCGGAGAGCUACACCUCUACUUCGACCACCACCACCACGACAUCUGAAGAGUACCAGAGGAUGUAUGCGGCUCAGAUUCAAGCCUACCAGAUGCAGGAGAUGCAGUCGGGUUCGGAGUUUGACUAUCAAGUGGACUACGGUAGCACCCAGGACUCCAUGCAGGAAUACGCUUCGGGGAGGAGAAGUGCCCAGGAGUGUGUGGACUCGCUGGCGGCUCCUUUGAGCACCUACAAGCUAAUCGACAUGGUAAGGGAGGUGACACCCAGUCCCGUAACAACUCCUGUAACCACCCCCGCUCCCACUACUGCUCGCCGCGUCGUUUUCAACGAUGAGCCUGAGAUCAAGGAGCUCCCAGUGGCUCCCAUCGAGUUGGAGACUAUACCCGAAGCUGCAGAGGAUCGCGAGGGUCUGGUGAUUGAGCAGCGGUGCCAGAUACUCGAGAGUGAGCGAAAGUUCCAGCCCACCCCUGAGAUCAAAAUUGAGAUUGCUCCCGUGCGCCAGAUACCACCCUCAAAGAUUCCCAAUCCCAUGCCCAAGGAGUGGAUAAAUCCCAUGAUCAGGGUGUUGACAACAGCCCCGGAAACUCCCUUCCACUUGGUAGAGUGUCCCUUUCCCAGGCCUUGUGGUGAUAAUUUCGAAGCUGAGGCAGCCGCUCAAGCUGAAGCUCAAAGUCAAGCCCAGGCAGAGCCUGUAGCACCUCCUCCUGCUCCUGCUGCAGCUCCAGUCCCAGCUCCGUUUGAGCCGCCACCCGCUCCGCUCCUGAGAGAGUCGCCUCCCCGUGGCUCCCGCCUCACCCAGGCGAUGAUUACUGCUCCCGAGUUCGAGCUUAAGUUCGCCCCUCCGUCCGACCAGGGCAUUCCGCUGCCGGAGGAAACAGUUCCCUACAUGCCACCACCCAUGGAAAUUAAACCCUAUCUGCGGGAGGACUACCGCCCCAAGUCACCCUUUGUGAGUGCCCUGACAACUGCGCCUGAUCGCCGGUUUGAGGGCCACUUUGACCGCGACGUGCCCAUCCACAUGAUCGACCUGCCCACCCCCAAGGAGCAUCUUAGUAUGGGCGAUGCCCUGGUUACCGCUCCGGACCGCGGUUACACCCCUUUGAACCCCGAGAAUGCAACCCACCGUUUCGACGAGGAGCAGAAGCAGCAGGAACUCAAAAAGCGUGAAUUUCAGGUGCUGGACCACGAGGAGGAGCUGGGCAUUCGUCCCGAGCCACCGCAGUCGGUGGAGUUCUAUACGACGGACAGGAGCCAGCCCAGGAAGUCCUCAGCCUUUGCGGCCAUGCAAGCAUUCCAGCCUUCCCGGGAACCGCUGUCAUCUGCCUCCGGCAGUGUAAUCAACACUCCCAGGGCUUCGAUUGUCUCGGCUUUGAAGGAGGAGACGGAUCUGGAGUACCAGAAGUACUGCAAGGCCCAGCAACGUAACCAGAAGCGGCUCGACUAUUUCCACAAGAAGGAGGAGGAACUCCAGCAGACCUUUGGCCUAAGCCAACAGGAGCUGCAGCAAACGCAGUUGUUGCAAUUGCAACGGUGCGUCAAGGCUGAUGAGUUGCAGCAGCAGAUUCAGCAAAUCACACAAAAGUCCCAACAACAGCAACAGCAACACUCUAAAGUAACCCAAAGAACCCAACAACAACAUCAACAACUAUCCCAAGUUAACCAGAAAACCCUUGCUGAGACCCAAUCCCUUCAGGCCAGGAGCUCUCUGAGCUCCUCCUACAGUUCCUCCAAUGCGACUAGUUCCUCUAACUCCUCUUCCACAGUCCCACCUCAGGCUUACUCAGCUGUGAUUGUGACUGCGCCUGCAUCUGCACCUGCUCCAGCACCCGUUCUAGCACCUGCUUCAGCGCCCGCUCCUGUACCUUCAAUAGCUCUCCCUGCUCCAUUCUCUGUAAAUACCAGUAGCAACGCCUACUCCUCCACCACCAGUAAGUUCGAUGCCCACGAGCUGAUCGAGGAGACUGUCGAGGAGCUCGAACAUUCGGAGAUCCUUUUUCCGCCGCCAUCCCCAUUGAGCCACCUCACCAAGCAGGGCAAAGCCGUACAGUCCGGCCUCCAUAAGGCGGACAACAUACCCAAAUACCAGCGAAACUGGACCGUGCUGCCUACCCAGAGUCCCAUACGCACGCCGGAGCCGCAAGAGUUACGCGAGAACGUGCCCCUGGCUUUUGUGGACGCCCCCAAGGCGGCGGUUACUAGCGAUUCCUCCACUGUACAUAGACCCAUAGCCAGGGCCCACGUAGCAGUUCCCCCGCCGUCGAUAACGGUUCCGACAACUGUGGUGUCUUUCGAGAGGCCUCAGCUGUCGGUUCCAAUUAUAGUCGAGGGUGAGCGCGCGGGUCCAGUAACGAUGGCUUUCCAACCGCUAGACGAGUUCGUCCGCCCGGAUCAGGCCCAGACCCCGACGCGGCCUUACACUCCCUCGAUGACCCAGAAGCCGGCGCCGAUUGUGCCCUUUUACCAGACCGAGGAGAAGCUGUGCUUCGAUGAGUGUCCAGCUACCCAUGCGCGAGACUACGAUAUGCGAGCCGCCUCCCCAUUUCCGGACAGAGCUCGGUCCCCAGCCCCAGGACCGCCACCGAACCCGCUUUCCGCCAUCAGAGCUCCACGCAUGAAGGAGCCCGAGUCUAACCUCCUCUCCGUCUCUGGAGGAGCCGCCCGCUUACAGACAGGCUCCAUCACCACGGGCCAGAGUUACCAGGGACAGCUGCUGGCCCACUCGGAGCAGACCACCCAGUCGGCUAGGCAAAGCUUCACGCAGCAGCCGGAGCGUAUAACUGAACAGCGUAUGGGCAGCCUGAGCAUCCAACAGCGAGAGCAGUCCUCCCAGCUGCAGCAGCAGUCUCAAAGUCAAUCCCAGAGCCAGACCCGCAGCCAGGUGGGCAACACGCAGAUCGAGAGGCGUCGUAAGGUUACAGAAGAGUUUGAGAGGACACAGAGUGCUAAGACCAUAGAGAUCCGGACUGGGUCCCAGUCUCAGUCCGUAUCCCAGUCGCAGGCGCAGUCCGUGCAGAGUCAGUCGGAGUCCACGGAAAGAAGGUCCUCGUACGGCAAAACAGGCUUUGUGGCCACCCAGGCCCGGCGUCUGUCCGGCUUAGAGCAGGAGAUUACCAGCUUGACCAGCCAGUCCCAGGCUAUAAGUGCCCGGGCGUCCACUUUGGGUGAAAGCUGCUUUCCCCAGCUGCGAUCGCCCACUUUCGACUCGAAGUUUCCGCUGAAGCCAGCGCCAGCCCAGUCCACAGUGCCGGGUUACGGAGCCGCACCAUCCAGCCAGACAGCAAGCAAACUGGUGGCUCCACCACCGGGCUUCCUACAGCAGCAGCAGGUGCAACAACAGCAGAUACAACAACAGCAGCAGCAGCGAUCCGCCUACUCAUCUGUGCAGCAGAGUUCGAAAACAUCCACCUCAUCGCUCUCAUCUUCAUCUGCAGCAUCAGCGUCGCAAAGCCUAACCCAAGCUUCCUCCGCUAUUACUACCACCACUAAUAACCAGGCCACCUCGGCCUUCCGGAGAACCAGCAAUGGUAGCAGCAUCAUCAAGCCUAAUCUGGCCUCGCGCCCUUCCAUCGCUUCCAUCACAGCUCCAGCGCCUGCUCCAGCUCGGGCUCCUAACGCGGUUAAAGCUCCGAUUGCCCCGAAGUCAGUGAUUGCCAAUGUGGUGCAAUCCGCUGCUGCUCCGCCGCCUUCUGCCUCUGCGCCCGCUGUCUUUCCGCCAGAUUUGAGCGAUCUGAACCUGAACUCUAAUGCCGAUGGUUCUGCAGGUCCUGGAGGCAAGAGCACCGGAGCCUUUGGAGCCACUUCGGCACCCAAGCGAGGCAGGGGCAUUCUCAACAAGGCCGCCGCACCCGGAGUGCGCAUCCCACUGUGCAACAGUUGCAACGUCCAGAUCAGAGGACCCUUUAUCACGGCUCUGGGACGCAUCUGGUGCCCGGACCACUUCAUCUGCGUGAACGGCAACUGCCGUCGUCCGCUGCAGGACAUCGGAUUCGUUGAGGAGAAGGGCGACUUGUACUGCGAGUACUGUUUCGAGAAGUACCUGGCACCCACUUGCAGCAAGUGCGCUGGCAAGAUCAAGGGCGAUUGUCUGAAUGCCAUUGGCAAGCACUUCCACCCGGAGUGCUUCACCUGCGGCCAGUGCGGCAAGAUCUUCGGCAACACGCCGUUCUUCCUGGAGGAUGGCCAGGCCUACUGCGAGGCCGAUUGGAACGAGCUGUUCACCACCAAAUGCUUCGCUUGUGGCUUCCCCGUGGAAGCUGGCGACAGAUGGGUGGAGGCCCUGAAUCACAACUACCAUAGUCAGUGCUUCAACUGCACGUUCUGCAAGCAGAACCUGGAAGGCCAGAGCUUCUACAACAAGGGCGGACGUCCCUUCUGCAAGAACCAUGCGCGUUAAUCCGCCAGCCAGCCCAUCGGCUGAUUUUGUUUGACUUCAGGGAUCACGCACACUAACCAACAACCCACAACAACUAUCUUCAUACACUAUAGAGCACCUAGAUGGGGACUACUCGCAUCCUAAAGCUUAUAUUAUAUUUGUCAGAGUGAUUAAUGCGUUACGAUUAUUAUUUCUACUGGUUUUGUGCCCACAAAUGUUAUCCUAAUUUUAAAUGAUGAACUAAGCAGUCACCCGUAUGGAAACUACUGAAAACGACACGAAAUCGAAUUAGCUAGCCAAUUGUAUGUCCCGCUCUCAUCAGAAACACUCGAAGCACUAUUAUUUAUUCAAGAAUCGCAUUAUAACCUAUAACCGAUAACUGAUAACUACCCAUACCCACUCUUCUGUGGCCAGCGUUACUUUACUUCUGUUCCGAUCAGCCCGGACUAAGAGCCAACAAAUCGCGCGAAUGGAUUUCCCAGCCAGCGAAUCAGAGAGUCACACACAGAACCCAUACCGGUAGCUUUUUAAUUUCUAAAUUUAUGUUGUAAAUUAUCCAUGAUUUGAGUGUAACUUGUAAAUGAUCAGCAAGUGAAUAAAUUUCGAAAUCUUUUUCGCGUUUAA